AUCGGUUUCAUUAGCCUGGUGAAAGUAAUGAGCUGAUAUUCACAACGGAAAAAUGGUUCCGAAAGUUGUUGCCUUGUGUAGUUUUUUCGUACUCGUUGUGAGCGAAAAAUACUUCGAUUACGAUGAAUCGGUUGCUGCCGGAGACGAAUGCCAGACCCACGAUGAGUUCCCAGAUCCUAAGGAGUGCUGCGCAAGACCCGAAUGGAUCGAUCAGUUUAUUCAUCGUCCCUGCAAAUUCAUCACCACCGAUGAGAAAAGCUAUCAGAGCGAUCGAGGAACUUGUACAGCCAAAUGUGGACAAUAUCGAACGGAAAUAACGCUGUUCAACUACCAGGUGCAGGCGAUACAUGUUGCGGAACCGGUGAAUCUGGCAGAUCAUCAUGAACCACACUGGGUCAAAGUGGUCCAUCACGCGCUGGUCCAUUGCAAGCAACGGCUGUCGGCCAUGAUUGGGCGUCAAGUUGAGGAGGCAAACGAGAUGCAGCACUGCGAAAAGUCCAACAAAAUUUUCCAAGAGUGUUUGGGAGCACAAAUUUUUAAGACCUGUCCAACGCAACAUUGGACUACCAACGACGGAUGUGAAGGAGCUAAGGCACAUUUGGUUAAAGGAUGCACUUAUGAUACCAUUGGAGGGACAGUAACAAUAGAAGCAGCUGAAGAGGAGUAAAAGAAGUUUACAUUGCAAAAAAAUUAAUAAAUACCUUUGAAUGCA